AAUAACAUGGCCUCUCUCUCAGAGAGCCGGAGCUGAAUCGUUGACAGUAACUUUAUAAUCUAAAAUUAACCAAUAAUCUUUUGGACAAAACAAUUAUUUCACGAUGCAAAAGAUAAAGUCACUUAUGGCCCGGCAGGGCCUGAAAAGCCCACAGGAGAGCAUUGCAGACCUCAGCCCAGUGGAGGACUUCAGGAUCCCAAGCAAGGAGGAGAUGAGGGAGAUGAGGGAGCAGCCCAUCGACCCCCAGGCGGAGCAGGAGAUCAUUAACAGCAUCCAGGAGGUCUACUACUCCAACGACUCCUUUGACAUGGUGCAGCACGAGCUGGAGAAACUCCCACCUGAGCUGAACUUGCAGGAGCUGGAGGAGUACAGAGACAAGCUGAAGAGACAACAAGCAGCGGUUUCCAAAAAAGUUGCCGAUCUUAUCCUGGAAAAACAGCCGUCCUACGUUAAGGAGUUGGAGAGGGUGACGUCAUUACAAACCAAUCUACAGCUGGCUGCAGUGAUCUGCACCAAUGCUAGGAGGCAGCUGAGUAUUUCAAAGGAGGACUUCACCGAGGCCAGCCUGGGGCUCCUAGCCAAUCAGAGGAGGAGACACCUGCUCACAGGGCUGCUGAAGUCACUGAGGACUAUCAAGACCCUGCAAAGGACUGAUGUUCGACUCAGUGAGAUGCUGGAGGAGGAGGACUAUCCUGGUGCUAUCCAGUUGUGUCUGGAAUGUCAGAAGGCUGCCAGCACAUUCAAACACUACAGCUGCAUAAGAUUGUCUACUGCUGCAGGCACCUGUGUUAGAGUGUAA